UAAAUUUGAAAAAAACUUCAUUGUGUUCGAAGUUCUAACUUCAAAUGAGUUAAAAAUUUUUAAAAAUAAAAUUACCAGUAAACUGAAAUACAAGUAAAACGAAAAAAACGGAAAAAAUCGUAAAUAAUAGUAUUUUCACACAUUUGCAUGUCCAGCGUAUAGAAUUUUAUUUGAAAAAAGAAAUUAUAAUAAGAGAACGUACGAAUAUGAAGUCCCAAAGAUUUCUGUCAAAUUACAAGUGCGAAUGUUAUGGCCAUACAUUUUGCAAUUGUCCCGACAAGACGCCGCAGAGUUCGAUUUUCAUGGAGAACGUUUACGAUGUCGCCGAGACCUUGGCACAGAUAAUGGUCAUUUGUGGUAUACAUCAGGCCAAGGCAAAGGCGGCCGUCGAUGUGAUAAUAUACUCGUUCAUACAUUACGAUGAAAUACGGCAUCGCAUCGAUACAGUGCCGCGUAAACGUCUCUGUAAGGAGGAUCUCAUACAUGAUCUCGGACGCAAGUGUUUGAUGAGUCGCAUGGAGGCGCAGCUUACUUACUCGAUCAUCAAGCGUGCUUUCAAGGCUUUCUAUCAUGGCACCAGUGAGGGUGGCAUACGCAACCCGAUGUUGGAGGCACAAUUGGUGCAUUCACAGGAGUGUCUAUGGGUGCACGCUGCCAAGCGUACAGCACAAAUCUUCGCCAGUUACGAAGGCAUGUUCUUUACGGCACAAAAGAAUUAUGAAACAUUGAUUAAAUGCGUCUACAAGAAGCUCUACGAUCGCAUGCAAAGUCGUUCCAGUCCGCUUGUAUUGAGCGAUUGCUCGUGUACGGGCUGUGUACAGCGUACCGUUGUGGAAUUGCCGAAACCAUCGAAAAGUAUGUACAGCAUACAUGGUCCCAUAAAUGAAGUUGAUUCCACGGAUUUACGAGUAUUACCCAUAGUCAGUGAUAGUGAUGCUGAUCAGACUUGCAAUUUGAAGGGAUUUAUCCCCGCCAAGGGCUUCAGAGCCGAAGAUGACACCGCAUCGAGUACAUCGUUAAAUUUACCACGUUGUUAUCGCUGCAAUUGUCCACGUUUGAUUUGCGAUUGUGAUGUUCAACCGGAUACGGGUGUGGUAAAUGCCGAUUGUGGACAGGGCCCCUACAAAUGUCAAUGGGUACGCAUGGAUGAGAAUGAUGAAGAACUGAAGAAGACAUGUUUGGAAUUACCCGAAGAGCAUGAAUGUCCCAUCGAUUGUGACGGCGAGAGCGCUAUAUGUGAUCCGGAAUGUGAAUGUGAUUGUGAGAGUUGCGAAUGUCAACCGGAGCAAUCAUCGGACUAUGAUGAAGCUGAGGCUGUCGAAGAUAAAGUUGAAGAGGAGGAACAGUUCUCCAUUGAAGCCACAACAUCAAUGCAAUGCAACAUAUCUGGCCAUGGUUUACCUGGAGAAUUUGAUGAUUGCCGCUUACCCAUGGCACAUGUGGUCGAAGAAGAGGCCGAACAGUUGACAACCAUCGCAACGGUAGUGGAGCAUAGAAAUGAGGGAAGUCUUACUAGCACUGUGGUAGCUGAAAGUUUAGAGAAUGAAGAAAUAGAGAUCAAUAAACUUUUGGGUACAAUGAUUUAAAUUUUACCGUGAUUACGACUUAAUAUCAAUUUGGCAACUUGAUAAAUUAACGUUUUGAAAUGCAUUUUCGCUUUGAGACAAUUUGUAACAAACGUAUUGUGAUACUACAAAUCAUGCAUAUUAAAAAAUAGUAACUGUUUUAAAAGGCAA